AUGAGCCGAGCUCCGGGCAGCUCGGAUGUGGGCAUGUUCCGCGGAACCCUGGAUCUGCCGCCCCAGCAUACGAACGCCAGCUCUGCCUGCCCCGGCCCCUGGCUCACGGCGGCUCUUGCAGGCAUAGAAGACGCCUUCCGAGCAAAGAAGGUGGCCAGCUUGAUUGGCGUGGAAGGGGGACACUCCAUCGACAGCAGCCUGGGGGCCCUGCGGAUGUUCUACCGCCUGGGGGUGCGCUACAUGACCCUCACCCACAGCUGCAACACCCCCUGGAGAACAUACCUGUCAGACUGGCCAGGGCCGGGGGCAGCCUGUGCUCAGCACCUGUCACUAACCCACCCGCAGCGCGUGGUCCGAGAAAUGAACCGCUUGGGCAUGCUGGUCGACCUGGCCCACGUGUCCGUGCAGACGAUGGAGGACGCGCUGGAGGUCUCCAAAGCUCCCGUUAUAUUCAGCCACUCGUCAGCCUAUGAGCUCUGCAGAAGCAGGCGCGCAGGGUGGAGGAAGGGGGAGUUCUCCAGGGCUGAGGAGGGCCUGGCACCCCUGCUGCAGGGCAGCACCUGGGCCUCUCAGCUGCCUGUCUCCACUUACCCCAAGAUCCCCAUUCGGAGAUCCAUCUCUCAGCCACGGAGCCGAGAGGGAACCCAGGUGCGUCUCUGCCCCCAGAACCAGACGGGCGGCCUGGUGAUGGUGAACUUCUACAACCUGUACGUGUCCUGCAAGAAGGAGGCUGCCAACCUGUCCCAGGUCGCAGAUCACCUGGAUCACAUCAAGAAGGUGGCCGGCGCCGCGGCCGUGGGCUUUGGCGGGGACUACGAUGGCGUGACCACGGUUCCCCAGGGGCUGGAGGACGUUUCCAAAUACCCAGACCUAGUGGCCGAGCUACUGCGGAGGAAGUGGACGGAAGCCGAAGUGAAAGACGCCCUGGCUGGAAACCUGCUGAGAGUCUUCAGGAAGGUGGAGGAGAUCAGGGACAGCCUGUCCCGGGAGGCACCGGACGCCUGCCAGCUGGGAUGGCCUGAGUGGGCCUAG